GGGAGCGCACGGCGGGGCGCGGCAGACGCUGGGACGCGGCGCACCAAGGGAAGCGGCCGGCCGCCCAUGGCGUUCGCGCUGCUGCGCCCCGUCGGCGCGCACGUGCUGUACCCGGACGUGCGGCUACUGAGCGAGGACGAGGAGAACCGCAGCGAGAGCGACGCCUCCGACCAGUCGUUCGGCUGCUGCGAGGGCCUGGAGGCGGCACGGCGCGGCCCGGGCCCCGGAGGCGGGCGGCGGGCGGCCAGCAGCGCGGGCCCGGUGGUGGUGGUGCGACAGCGGCAGGCGGCCAACGCGCGGGAGCGGGACCGCACGCAGAGCGUGAACACGGCCUUCACGGCGCUGCGCACGCUCAUCCCCACCGAGCCGGUGGACCGCAAGCUAUCCAAGAUCGAGACGCUGCGCUUGGCGUCCAGCUACAUCGCGCACCUGGCCAACGUGCUGCUGCUGGGCGACGCGGCCGACGACGGGCAGCCGUGCUUCCGAGCGGCGGGCACCGCCAAGAGCGCGGUCCCAGCCGCCCCCGACGGCGGCCGCCAGCCGCGUUCCAUCUGCACCUUCUGCCUCAGCAACCAGCGCAAGGGGGGUAGCCGUCGUGACCUGGGGGGCAGCUGCUUGAAGGUGAGGGGGGUGGCCCCAGUUCGAGUGCCUCGGAGAUGAGCCUGGACCCAUGUGUCAUUUGCUCCAAGCAGGACCCUGAGAAGGAGGCCAGAGGCCAACCACUGGGCGAACAGGGGAAGACCCCAGGAGCUGAACCCAGGUCCCUUCUUUGUGUAGGGACCAGAGGACAAUGGCCUGGGCCCAUGACCCUCUGAGCAGGGCCCCUGGGACAUCUCCACCCCACCCUGGAGAGCCGUGAGGACCCAUCCAGCCGGCCCGAGCCCUGGCUGGUCAGAGACAAGGCAGAACUUUUGGAAGAACAAAGACUGUUGUUGACAGAGGAUGUGUGCGUGUCUGUGCAUGAGUGUGGGUGUGUGUAUGAGAGAGAGAGAAUUGAUGGGUUUAAAAUAAAAGGUAUUUUUAAGUAAAAAUUGUUCCCAGCUGAAGAAGGGAGGGGCCUGGGGACAUCAGAGGUCAGAGGUGGCCCCUCUCCUGGACCUUGGAAGAGACACAGGUGUCACAGGUGCCACCCUGUGCCCUGGAGGGGGUGGAGCUGGGGGAAGGCAGGGGACCCCCCUCUCUAGAAAUCGAGAUAACCAAUCUUUCCUCACUGUCUUCUUGAACAACUGUUGGG